UAAAAAAAAAAUCCCUGGUAUGAAGUCACACAGAAGCAAUACAGACUUCUGAAACAUGCAAUCAGUCCAAAAAAUCAAGCAAUUCUCACAAAAUUAGGAAAAGGUACAAGUAUCAGUAUAAUAAAACUGAUGUUUGAGCUGUUAAAGAGGUCACAGGGGGUUAACAUAAUAAAAAUACAAAGAAAAAGCUUAAUGAUUGAACUGAUUAAAAGAUAAUAAUCAUGGUCUAAACACAAGUAUGUGUUUUGUUGCACAUGAAUUCCACUGCAAUGCAGAAGAAGCUGCACAUGUCCACCAGAGAAACAGUCAGUAGUGUAUUAGUCAGGACACACAGAUGUGUAUGUGAGUUGAGAGGUUGUGUGCAGGAUCACAUCAGGUCAGAUGCUUUAUUCUCCCCUAUAACUUAGUGUCCGUGCUGCCGGGUGAAGAGGCUGCAAGAGCAUCAGCCUCCAGCAGCAGCAGCCUCCUCCUCCUCGGUGCUCGGUGCUCUCCUCUCUCCUCUCUCCGUCGGCCCCUGCGUGGUGUGUGGUGGCCCGGACGCCGGAGUGACGAGCCUUGUGGUGCAAUGUACGUGUGCACCGUCCACCGGACUGACAGGGCCGCAGGUCCAAUGAGAUAAGUCGACAUAUUGAGGUUGUCAAAUCAAAGCCAAAGGGGAGGCGCUGUCCCACCGUCGUCUCAAUUACGUCAUGCACAAACAGCUGGUCGUUGGCAAGAAAAAAAAAAAAAAAAAAAACUGAAAAAAUGUAGACCAGCACAGCGAACUGAGAACUGCACCCGGGCUGGAGCCCCUCCACUGAAAUAUUGAGCUUUUGAACGAUGUGGCAGCUGGAGCGUCCGGGCUCAGGAUGGAGUCCUCCGAGGCUCCUCUUGCUGGUUUACACCUUUCUGUGCGCGCUCGGAGAUUGCCUUUUUGUGACUGAAUACUUCACCCGUACGCCUCGUAAGCUGAAUGCUUUCAACUCCUUCGCCAGUGUGGAACUGUUCCACUUCAAUGUGCCUGACGACACCAUGAUGGCCGUAUGGAACCUCAUCACCUUCAAGGAGCAAGGGGGCACGUUCGGAGACAGCUGCCCAAACCGCAAUGUGACUGUGUACUUCAGGUCUGGGGCUCCUCCAGUAAUCAACCCCCUGUACACCCGCUUCCCUCGGGAUACAGUCGUCCCAGGAUCCUUUGCUGUGACUCUUACCUGGACUCUUCCAAACCGUACAACGGGAGCAUUCAACGUGACCAGCCCGCUCCCUGGAGACUGGUUCCUAGCCGCACAUUUACCCAAGGAUGAAGGCAAGAUCUCAGUCAAGGGGCUGUCUGAAGAAUGCCAGUAUCUGUUCCAACCUCAGCUCAUUGUCCAGAGGCUCAUCGGGAUUUCAGUGCUUUAUCCUGGAUACUUCAUCGACCAGAUGAUCCCCGUCCAUAACAGAUCUGCACUUUAUAAAGUGUUCAUCCCCAAUUAUAUAUCGAAGGUGAAGGUUCAGCUGGUAAACUGCAGCACCAAGAACAAGAGCAGCGACAGUUGUCCCGUGGUGCUGAAGAUAAGAGCGCGGGCGCCGCCGGUGCAUAACUCAAGUGCCCUCGACUGCAGGGACUGGAACCCUUGUGAAUUAGACUCUCUUGUACCUGCCUGGGAACAAUGGUACUACAUCCUGGUGGAGAGAUAUCCGAGUAACUGCAACGUCUACUUCCGCAUCGGGGUGCAGGUCACAGAUUGCUCCAAGUCCAAUCUGUCGAAGGACCAAGCCCAGCCCAGCUCCUCCAUGAACAUGCCUCAGUCCUUUGGAACAGCGAUGGGUUUCUCCCUGUCUGAGACGCUGUCAGUGGCCUCGCUGCCCAGCCUGUCGCAGAACGCCACUCACCUGCACACCUCGGAGGACAGCAUCGUUUACCUCGCCCCCACGGCCGACGCUAACAAAUGCUGGCCCAUCCGUCCGACCCUGCGCAACGAGCUGGACACCUUCUCCGUGCACUUCUACGUCUUCUUUGGUCCGAAUAUAUCGAUCCCGCCGGACAGGGCCGCCGUGUUCGCCAUCAACCUGAUGCCUGUUUUAGACAGCGGAGGAGUCCUCAACAUGGAGCUCAAACUCAACAUGUCGACGCUGAGAGGAGCUAAUGUCACCGUGUUCGGCUGCCUGAACCACGGGAUGCCUCUCUUCCUAAGGGAAAACUCCUCAUUGAAAUGUGAAUCAGAAUCGGAGGCCGGGUUUUUCCUGUCUGUGAACGCCUCCGCCAAUAUCACCAAACUGAGGAUUCCCUACCCACAAACAGGCAUCUGGUAUCUCAGUCUGCGCUCUCUAUGUGCCACUGAACAUGGAUUUGAGGCGUGCACCAAUGUCACCGCCGAGGUGUAUAUGCGCGCAUACCUGACUCCAUGCAUCAACGACUGUGGGACGUACGGACAGUGCAAGCUUCUGCGCACCAACAACUACCUUUAUGCUGCCUGUGAAUGCAAAGCAGGCUGGGAUGGCUGGGGAUGCACAGACAACUCGGAGGCCUACUCCUACAGUUUCCAGCUCCUCUCCACGCUGCUGCUCUGUCUCAGUAACCUGAUGUUCGUCCCGCCCGUGGCCAUCGCCAUCCGCAGCCACUACCUGCUGGAGGCUUCAGUCUACAUCUUCACCAUGUUCUUCUCCACUUUCUACCAUGCAUGUGACCAGCCGGGUAUUGUGGUCUUUUGCAUCAUGGAGUAUGACGUCCUGCAGUUCUGUGACUUCCUCGGGUCGCUCAUGUCGGUGUGGGUCACCGUCAUCGCGAUGGCCAGGCUAAAGUCCAUCAUCAAACAGGUGCUGUAUCUGCUGGGGGCGAUGUCUCUGUCCAUGGCUUUGCAGCUGGACCGUCACGGUCUGUGGAACCUGCUGGGACCCAGCCUGUUUGCUCUGGGCAUCAUGGCUGUGGCAUGGACGGUGCGCACCAUCCGUCGGCGGCGUUGCUACCCGCCCACUUGGAAGCGCUGGGUGUUCUUCCUCUUCCCGGGCACCAUGAUCGCCACGUCCGCCGUGGCCCUCUACGCCUUCGUGGAGACGGAGGAGAACUACUUCUACAUCCACAGCAUCUGGCACAUGCUGAUCGCAGGGAGCGUGGGUUUCCUCCUGCCGCCUCGCGCCAAGCCCGAUGCCAAGGUGACCCCGCUGAAGCGUAGGCGGGGCUGCGGCUAUCAGCUGUGCGUUAACGAGCACGAGGAGCUGGGCCUGGUGGACCCCGCCAUCAUCUCCAUCAACAGCAUCUGCACCAGCUGAUAAACUCCCCACGCCCAGCCUUUUACCUUAGAGACACUUCAUUGCCUUCUUUUACUUGGGAAAUUCACACACGGGAAAUUAAGCCACAGAACUUGAAAAAGCAAUGUAAAUACUUUAAUGCAGAUGUGACACAUUGGAUUUCUUUUCUUUUUUGGUUGUUAUUGUCAUGGUAACUGCUAUCAAUACAACUGUAAUUAUUAUUAUACAUAGUUAAAGUUGUUCUGAUGACUUGUGGGUGUACAGUGACACACUGUUGUUUGUGAAUAUGUAUUUAAAGUCAAAGCUGAAACACUGCUGCUAUCUGACGUUGACUGUACAACUGCUUCUGUUGGUUAUUUAUUGGUGGUCUUGUAAACAGGCCAAUUAUUUUCCUGUCGGGGCACAGAUCAGGGGGAGACGUGGGGGAACAUUUAUCAAGGGCACGGCUUUUCUGAAAUUCUUUUCAAAUAUAUCUUUUGCACUGAGACACAAAAAUGUUAUUCUGUAAAUUUUUAUAACAAUAUAAACUACAGUGGGCAUCACAAAUGUAAAACCUAGUUGUCAUGUGGAAUGUUAGACUGUCUUUUGCAAUUGCAAUGUAACGCUUUUACACGAAUGUGCAGAUUGUUCUUGACGGGAACAAAUCCAAAGUCCAGCUGCCUGUUGAAAGAGAAGAGGGGAGGCAGGAAUAUUUCAGAGACCUCAAACCAAGACCUCACCUCCCUGUUCUUUUCUGACAGGACCUGUGUGACACCACAUUCAUAAACAAUAAAUGUUUUCUUUCUUGC